CACUUCCUUCGUGCUAGAAAUAGUCGAGUUCCUAAUCACUUCCAUCUCCACGGAAGGUAUGCCUCUUAAAAUGCCAUCACUUUCCCCCACGAUGAUGGAGGGAACCAUCGUCAAGUCGCUUAAAAAGGAGGGAGACCCCAUUCAGCCAGGAGACGCCCUGUGUGACAUUCAGACAGAUAAAGCUGUGGUGACGAUGGAUACCGAGGAGGAGGGCAUCCUAGCCAAGAUCCUGGUACCUGAGGACACAAAAGAUGUUAAAGUAGGAACUCUAAUCGCUGUCUUAGCUCCUGAAGGAGAGGACUGGAAAACCAUAGAAAUCCCAGCUGGUGAGGAGUCGGCAGCUUCUUCAACUGCCGCCGAAGCUGCUCCUGCUGCAGCAGCUGCAGCCGUGGGUGGCCAUGCUCAUGGUAAUUACGGGCCCUCGGUGCGGCUGUUGCUGGAGCAGUAUGGACUGACCGCUGAACAGGUGCCUCCUGGGGGUCCGUAUGGAAUUCUUCUCAAAGGAGAUGUUUUGAAGUACAUCAAGGAAAAAGGUCUUCAGCCACUCCCGGUAUCUGCAGUACCACCACCUGAAGUACCAAAAGCUGCUGCUGCUGCUCCAGCGGCACCAGCUCCUACGCCAGCUGUUCCAGCUCCUCCACCAACUGUUGGAGUGUCUGAGGAUGGGUAUGAGGAUAUUGAAGUCACCAGCAUGAGGAGAACCAUUGCUAAACGAUUAACACAGUCCAAGAGUGGAAUUGCUCAUUCAUAUGGCACUCUGGAAUGUCAGUCAGACAAACUCCUGGCCUUGAGAAAACAAUACAAAAACGAGGGGAUGAACGUGAGUGUAAAUGACCUCAUCAUCAAGGCAGUCUCCAUGGCCCUUACUAAGUGUCCGGAGAUGAACUGCGUCUGGCAAGGGGACCAGCUUACAUAUGCCAGUCAAGUAGACAUGAGUAUUGCAGUGGCCACACCCACAGGCCUCAUUACUCCCAUUGUUCGUGGUGCAGAUGUGUUAGGUAUUGAGGAGAUUGCAAGCCAAGUACGUGAUCUAGCAACCAGAGCGAGAGAGAAUAAACUGAAGCUGGACGAAUUCCAAGGUGGAACUUUUACGAUCUCGAACUUGGGUAUGUUUGGAAUAAGCGAGUUCAGUGCGAUUAUCAACCCUCCACAAUGUGGCAUUUUGGCUGUGGGUUCUGGGAUUGUAAAAAUUGGUGAGUAAAAAAAAGCCUUACCUCUUUGAAAAUAAGUAAAUAACAUAAUUAGUAGACAAAAAAGAAAGGCAGAGGAAGACUGAAAGAGAAAAGGAGGGAGACAGAAAUAGAGAAAAAAAGAAAAACAGGGAGAGAGGGAAAAAAAGCCAGGGUUAAAGAAAUAGCAAAGAGUGAGACGGCGGAAAACGGAGAGAGAGGAGGAGGAAAACAAAGAAGAAAGAAGAAACACACAGAGAGGAAUAGGAAAACAGAGCAAGUGUAAGAGGAAGACACAAAGAGAGGGAAAAGGGAAGACAGGGAGAAACACGUAGACGGGAGGCAAGUGACAAAUGAACAGAACAGCUAUUCGGUAAGGUAAGUAGAAGAUAGAUAGACAUGCGAGGUU